AACUACUUGCAUAGUUGAAUAGUUCGUGAAAAAAUAAAGAGAAAGUAUAUAUCAGAAGUAAUUAAAUACACACGAAAACAUAACUCAAAAACCUCUUCUUAGUCAGAUUCUCUCUCUAUCUAUCUCUCUCAAUCUCCAUCUGCCCAUAUUUCUUGCUGUCAACAAAUUCAUUCAGCAAUCUCCUUUUUCCCCAUCAACAACAAACAAAAAAUAAAGUCCUUUCACAACAAUUAUAUUUAGAACAAAUUCACCAAAAACCCUUCCACAAAAAACCUCUCUUCUUCAACAAUGUCGUCUCGAAACCAAAGAUCAAGAAUCACCUCUAGUUUCUUCGUCUCCUUCUUCACUAGAACCAUUCUUCUUCUUCUCAUUCUUCUUCUUGGUUUCUGCAAUGGAGCAAGAACAAACACGAACGUCUUCAACUCGAAACCACACAAGAAGCACAACGACGCCGUUUCUUCUUCAACUAAACAGUUCUUGGGGUUCUUGCCACGUCACUUCCCUGUUCCAGCUUCUGGUCCCUCCAGAAAACACAAUGAUAUUGGUUUACUUAGUUGGCAUCGAUCUUCUCCGUGAGAAAAAGCUUGAAAGGUCUUGAAUUUUAUUUUCUUUCUUUCUUUUAAUUAGUUAUAUGUUUCUUUCAUUCCGGUUCCUCUCUUUUACCCUUUGCUUUUGAGUUUUAAGUUGGUGUAAAUGUUUUUUAUUUUAUUUUUUUUUGGUAAUGCCAAGAAAAUGGUUAUUUUUGUUUGAUUAAUGUCGACAAGGCUAAACAUAUGAUUUAUUAUUAUGAAAUUGUAAUUGGAAGUUGUAUUAUUUUUUGGAUAGCUCGAAUUUGUAAUAUUGCACGUAUCAAAGUGUGUGAGCCGA